AUGCUUCGUUUAUUCAACCGAUUCUAUGCCUUGUGCGGCAUCGCCGCAUGCACAAUCCUAUACUCUGCCUGGUUCCUUACGUUCCGGAAUUUCGGCGAUAUUGUGCCGCUGGGAUCCGAACAAUUUCGAACAGCAACUUCAUUUGAUCAGCGUUUAGUGGUUUUUGGAGACUCAUGGAGUGAUAACGAUACAGAGGAGCCUCAAGGGCAAGUAUGGACAGAUUGGCUAUGUGAGAUGUUCUCAUGCCACCAGGAGAAUCUCGCCCAGACCGCCAAGUCGGUUCUCCGGGGCAAAUAUGCGGGAUCGGUGGUCGAUAACACAGAACUCGACCUGACGAGCCGGCUCUCUCAGACCCGACUAGCCGAUUUCAAGACCCAGCUUGAUCAGUGGAUGAAUGCUGAGUCGUCCUCAUUGGAGGGAUUCUCCGCGGAGCAGAUCCAGGACCGUCAUGACCGGACGAUCUUCGUGGUCUCUUUUGGAGUCUGGGACAUCUGGAAUCUGGUGAGCAAGGACUAUGAUUCUGCAUCCACCGCGGUAGGGCGACGUAUCGGCACGCUGGUGGAGCAGUUGAACAAACUGGCGGACCGCUGGGGCUCCAUGCAGCUCAAAGUUAUCCUGACUCAGACGGUGGACGUGACCUUCCUGCCCGGGUUCACCGCCACAGGCGGCGAUGAGUACAAGGGCGCCAUCAAGAUUCUGGAGCUCUGGAACCGCAAGCUGCGUGAGGCAGCCAAGGAGUGGGACCGUGGCACUAUUUACCUGUUUGAUACUAAUGCCUUCGUCAUGGAUCGCAUUCGGGACUGGCAAUUGUAUGCCGCCGGCAUUGAGGAGGAAAAUGGACUGGGGACGAACCGGGAACCCGGCUGGGAAAAUGUCGUUGACGCCUGCGUCGAGACUGCCAGCGGGAUCAAGGUGAUGAUGUCAAAGGAUAAAGGGAAACAGAAACAGUGUGAGCACCCAGACAAGUAUCUGUUCUGGAAUGAAAUGCACCUGGGACCAUCCGCCCACCGGCUCAUGGCUACAGAGAUCUACCAUGGAAUCGACGGAGUCUUAUUGAACUCCAAAGCCCCAGUGCCUGAUGAGGGCUCUCAGUCCCAGGCACAGUCGGAGGCACCACACGAACGCCACAACCGACGGAGCUUUGCAGCUUAG